GAUAUUAAGGCGUGCUGGCUGACAAUGGGGGUAUAAAAUAAACUUCCAUUUAUAAAACUCUAAAAUUUUUUCCGUUAAAAACGUUCUACUUUUCCCUCUUACUUAGCAUUUAUUACGUAUUUUUUAAUAAUAAAUGGCGAAUAAGUUGGAAAAAUUGUUGGAAAAAUCGUUGGAAAAAUCAUUGGAAAAUUCAUUCUUACGAGAUAUCCGGCAAUUACUUCAUGAAGCAGAUGAUUAUAAUGUAUUACUCGAAGUUGGUCAGGAACCAAACAUCGAAACCUUUAAGGCACAUUCUGUCAUCUUAAGAGCUAGAUCUACGUAUUUUCGUGCGGCUUUAUCUACUAAUUGGGCCAAAACUAACGAUGGUAUUAUCAAAAUGAACAAACCAAAUAUUACACCGGAUGUAUUUCGUGUUAUAUUAAAAUUUAUGUAUACUGGAACUAUCGUUAUGUCUGAUAAUAUGCUUUCAUAUUACCUCGAUAUAUUAAUAGCAGCAGAUGAACUUGCAUUGAUCGAGUUGAUUGAUUAUCUCGUUGAAUAUAUUCUUAAAAAAGAAACGUUCUGGUUUCGAAGAAAUUUGGUAAAAAUUCAUAGAAUAUCAUCACAACAUGAAGCAUUUCAUAAAUUGAAGACAACAUGUGAAGAAAUUAUUCAAAAAGAUUCAUCAACAUUUUUGAGAUCAAAAGAUAUAGGAAAUUUAGAAGAAAGUAUUUUAAUUAGAUUAUUAAAAAGUGAUAAUCUAGAUUUAAAAGAAAUUGAAAUUUGGAAUCAAAUAAUUAAAUGGGGUAAAGUACAAUGUUCUUUAAAUAGUAAUGACAAGGAAAACAUUAAAGAUUGGUCUACUGAAGAUUUUGAUAUGUUAAGAUCAACUUUGGCGAAUUGUUUAUCACAUGUUAGAUUCUUUUUAAUCUCUGGAGCUGAUUAUCAUGAUAAAAUUAGACCUUUUAAAAAAAUUCUAUCAAAGGAAUUAAAAAAUGAAUUAAGAGAAUUUUAUGUCGCAGGUAGAAAACCAAAUCGUUCAAAUAUUUUAUUACCAAGAUUAAAGUAUGCUGAUGAAGAAUCUAUUUUAAUUCAAUUGAAACAUUUUACUUUGAUUUCUUCAUGGAUUGAUAGAAAAAGACAAGGUUAUCAGCCCGAACAAGUUCCUUAUGUUUUUAGAUUACUUUAUCGUGGUAGUCGUGAUGGAUUAAAAGAUGCCGAUAAAUUUUACCAAAAGUGUAAUUAUCAGGGUCCAACUAUAGUUAUUAUAAAACCUUCUGGUGUCAAUAAAAUUAUUGGUGGUUAUAAUGCUGAUGUUUGGAACAAAAAUCAAAAAUAUGAUACCGUAACCAAUAGCUUUAUUUUUUCGUUAGGUAUCAAUAAUGAAGAUGAUACCGGUAUAUGUAGUAGAGUUAAAAAUAAUGUUAAUAAAGUUGGUUGUGCUGGGCAAGAAAAACUUCCUUGGUUUGGUAAUGAUUUGAAUUGGAUCAAGGGAGUAUGUAAACAACAAAUUUAUGAAAAACAAAUUGUAGAUUUUGAAAAAUUUAAUUCUGAAGAUGUUGAAGUUUAUAAGGUUUUACUUAAAGUUAAUAAUAAUAAUAUCUUUUUUGAUGAAUAUAACGACGAUCAUACUACCAUUUUUAAUAGCGAGAUUAUUGAAUAUUAAAUCAGAUUAAAUAUUCUAAAUAUUCUAAAUAUUCUAAAUAUGUACCUAAUUAUUUGAUUUUUAUUAUUAUGUAGAAUAUUUAU